GCACGCAAGACUGCACAGGCCUACUGGAAAGUGUAUGGAGAGUAUCCACCGACGCGUGUGCUCGUGCAAGAACUGGCCACUGUUAUGCAACAGGCUACUCAGUCAGGUGGUGUACGGCCAUAUGGUGUCUCUCUAUUGGUGGCUGGCUGGGACAUUAACCGGGGUCCAACACUUUAUCAAGUGGACCCUUCAGGGUCAUUCUGGGCGUGGAAGGCAUCAGCUAUAGGAAAGAACAUGAUCAACGCCAAAACAUUUCUAGAAAAACGAUACAACGAUGACAUCUCACUGGAAGACGCCAUUCAUACCGCCUUGCUCACUCUCAAAGAGGGCUUCGAAGGUCAGAUGACGGAAAAGACGAUUGAGCUUGGAGUGAUUACCGUUCCAUCGCCCGAAGAGUUGGCCAGUGCGGGUGCUGUGGAGAAUGCAGGUACCACCAGACCGAAGCCUACGUUCAGGAAGCUCACGGAGGAAGAAUAA